UAGCGCAGUGAAAAAGGGAUCCAUAUUAUUGAGCUUUCGUGGAUUUUGCCUUCGGAUCACAGAUUACAAAUACGAAGCUAUUCAUUACAUUUGAACCUAUAUCUUUAAAAAAUGGUGGACAAAUUAGUAAACAGUGAGGCAAAUGCUCGACGGAUACAAAUGGUCGAAAAUUGUUUCGGGACAUCAGGGCAACCGUUGUUUCUCCCUGGUCGUGUUCUUGUGGGUGAAGGUGUUCUCACAAAAAUGUGUCGCAAACGACCCAAAGCUCGGCAGUUUUUUCUCUUCAAUGAUAUUCUUGUUUAUGGUAAUAUUGUUAUCGGCAAAAAAAAGUAUAACAAGCAACAUCUCAUACCACUGGAAGAAGUUCAACUGCAGGCGCUGGAAGAUAAUGGCCAAUAUCGCAACGGUUGGUUAAUACGUACAACAACCAAAUCAUUUGCUGUAUACGCCGCAACACAAACAGAAAAACAGGAAUGGAUGGCCCAUAUUAACAAGUGCAUAGAAGAUUUAUUGCGCAAAAGCGGCAAAAAGCCAGUGGAAACUCAUGCUGCAGUUUGGGUACCUGAUAGUGAAGCAACUAUUUGCAUGCACUGUAAAAAAACUCAAUUUACAAUGCUCAUUAGAAGGCAUCAUUGCCGGAACUGUGGUGCCGUUGUAUGUGGACCUUGUUCGUCAAAGAAAUUUAUUCUUCCUGGUCAAAGCGAUAAGCCACUUCGUGUAUGUCUGGAUUGCUACGACAAUCUUACUUCAAUGAAACGUGAUUGUAACAAAACUCUCACUGGUAAUAACAACAAACCAGCAAACUCUACGGAAAGUUCUGGCGAAGACGAUUCGGCAGACGAAGAAGAUACUCUUAAAACUAGUGAAACACACGAUGAACCUAAGUUUUAUGCUGAUGAUGAACUUGAAAAAUUGGCCAGUAAGUGACUUGCGACCAUGUAUCAUCGUAAUACGUCAACGAUCAGGAUAACAAAGCCAGAUAUUGUGAAUACAACCUACAUAACUUUGUCGUAGCUACACGGUUGGUUGUCAAUUUAAUUUCAAUUCCCGAUUAUAAUAUAUCUUUUGUUAAAAUUGUGUAUUCGUCGCUCUCAGUAAUUAAUAUCAUUGAGAUGUACAUUACAUCAAAUAAAAAAAAACAAGGCGCACUUCUCAAGUGGGUGUUUAAUCUAAGAAGUAAACACCUGUAGCUCUGCCUUUUUGUUUCAAUGUGAAUUAAAAACUUUAUUCAGGAUGAGCGAUAAUUUUUUACACUAUAUUUAUAAAUUUUGUCAACAAUUCAUUGAUUGAUUUAUCAUAGAUUCUUUAUCGAAGUAUCAUUAAUUUUAAUAAUUUUAUGUUUGUCAGCAUAUCA